ACACCCGCUUUCUUUUGGGAACAGGCCCUGCUUGGUCCUGCAGCUUGUGCGGGGCGGAUCAUAGGCGAGUAUAUCCAGUACUCUAGGCAAAUCCCUUCCAGGUCAGAGGAGAAAACACAGCAAAAACCUCUAUCCAAAGACACCGCCCUGCAUAAAUCGUGUGGGUGGCGGGUCACCCUGGAGUUGCUCCUCCCCUCCUGACCCAGUGAGACCCAGCAGGACCCAGGGGCCAUGCCCCUACAGCAACUUGUCACUCUUCCGAUGACCGUGAAUGAUGCUGGCCCUCCCAGAGCGGUCGUCGCAGUGAGAAACCGUCUCGCCACGCCAGAGUGGGCAGGCAGGCCUUGCUGAGGGACCUUCAUGCAGACACGCGUGUCUAAUGAAUAAAUGCAGCCUUCCUGAGUCUCCUGGUUCAGGAGCCAUCUAGCAUCUUCCCUCCACCCCAGAAGGUGUGUCUCUUAAAGACCUGUAACUCUGACUUUGUUGGUGCCGAUUGCAGAUCCCUUUGGAACCUUAGAUCCCUUCGGAAGUGGGUCCUUCAAUAGUGCUGAAGGCUUUGCCGACUUCAGCCAGAUGUCCAAGCCCCCACCUUCUGGCCCUUUCACCUCCUCCUUGGGAGGGGCAGGAUUCUCAGAUGACCCCUUUAAAAGUAAACAGGACACUCCUGCUCUGCCUCCGAAGAAACCCGCUCCUCCACGGCCUAAACCGCCCAGCGAAGCAAUGGCUGAACAGAAAAAUUCUGCAUUGUACACGCUGCUGGGUGGUAAAAGUACACCUGUAAGCCAGCUUGGUUCUGCAGACUUUCCCGAGGCCCCCGAUCCAUUCCAGCCACUCGGGGCUGACAGCGGCGACCCGUUCCAAAGUAAAAAGGGGUUUGGGGACCCGUUUAGUGGAAAAGACCCAUUUGUCCCCUCCUCUGCAGCUAAACCUUCUAAGGCCUCUGCCUCGGGCUUUGCAGACUUCACCUCUUUUGGCAAUGAGGAGCAGCAGCUGGCGUGGGCCAAGCGGGAGAGCGAGAAGGCGGAACAGGAGAGGCUGGCGCGGCUGCGGCGGCAGGAGCAGGAGGACCUGGAACUGGCCAUCGCGCUCAGCAAGGCUGACAUGCCUGCCGCCUAGGCGAGGGCCGUGUGCAGGCGGGACAGGGCACGGGCAGGUUCCAGAGAGGGGGCAGUUGCAGAUGUCUAUAUAUACACACACACACCCCGUCGCCACCGCACUCCAAGGACCGGGACUCGGGAGCUCGUUCAGGGUGAGCAGACUGGCUGCAAGACCUGGAAAGGUCACAUCUCCUGGGGAAGCCCUUGUGGAGGCCUUGGCCACCGCUUCUACAGGUCCGUCUCUCCACUGUGCCAUCCCCCCCGGGGCUGACCGCCUCCCGCUCUUGCUCUGAGAACGAACACACCGCCGGUCAGUCGAGGAGAGGAAGCACCCAGGGCCUCCCCGCCUCCUCCCUACUCAUAGCUGCAGACAUCCCCGCCCGCCCUCCCACGCAUCAGUCAGACACUCCCCCAGUGGUGUAUGCAUUCGUUGUAUAAAAUGAAGUUUGAAUGAUUAAUAUAAAAUAUUUUAAUACAAAA